AAGACCACGGUGGCCAAGGCGGAAGUAGUGUGAGCGUGUGGGCGGAGCUCAGUGCAGCCAUGUCGGCGGCCCUGCUGCGGCGGGGCUUGGAGCUGCUGGGGGCGCCAGACGCCCCCCAGGCCGCGCCAGGCCAGGCCAAGCCGAGCGGGGCUCGGGAGAAGCGGACCCGGAAAGCGAAGGCUUCCCGAGCCCAGAAACUGCGGAACUCGGCCAAGGGCAAGGUGCCCAAGUCGGCGAUUGCUGAGUUCCUGAAGCGAGAGUGUCAAAACUACCUCAGAGUAAACCUCAAGUUUAUGACCGGUACAAGAAGCCCAGUGGCUGAGUCAGUCACCCAACAGAUUGUGCGCCAGAACCGGGGCCGCAAGGCCUGUGACCGACCUGUGGCCAAGACGAAGAAGAAGAAGAAGGCUGAGGGCACCGUGUUCACCGAGGAAGACUUCCAGAAGUUUCAGCAGGAAUACUUCGGCAGCUAGGCUCCCCGGAGGACGCGGUGGGAAAGGCACCCAGCCCCGGUCUCCUCGCACCUCACAGCCUCUACUGGCUCUGGGACCCUGCCAAGCUGCCGGCCUGGUGCAAAGAUGCCUCGGGGCUCAAGCCAGGGCAGGGUGGCCAGAAAGGGGCCUGCAGGCCGGAAGCCCCAGGGAGGAUACGCACUCAGCACAGCUGACUUCCGCAGGGAGGGGCCGGCUGCGCACCAGGAGACACGGGUGACUGUUUCCUUUGCUCUGGCCGAGCAGGGCCCCUGGGCUGUUUGCUGUGGGGAAGGCCAGUCACGAGGCCCUCAGGGCCACACCUCUGAGGGUAGGAGAGGGGCUGCCGGGCAGGCCUCUGGGCUCUAAUAAACGUGGACCCGAGAG